AUGUCGCUGAGCGCGCCCGCCCAGGCGGUGCGCGGGACUAGGACCAAUAGCCUCGAUCAACUUGAUUUCCAAGAGCGCAGGCAGCUGAUCGCGAGCUCGUUGUCCCUCACUGAUUUCUUGCAUGUCGGCGCUAAAGAAGUUGCUGCAGUCGCCGCCAAGAAACAAAAUGGCUCGGCGGUGCGCACGAACAGUCUGGGCUCGGGCGCACGGACGCCACCAGCGGAGCGAACAAAGUCCAAAUUUUCUGCCUUCGGCAGACUUUUCAAACCCUGGAAGUGGAAGCGGAAAAAGAAGUCCGAAAAAUUUGAAGCAGCUUCUAGAACGUUAGAAAGGAAGAUAUCCGUCCGAGCAAAUAGAGAUGAGUUAGUGCAAAAGGGAAUACUCUUGCCCGAGAGUCCCGUGACUCCUGUUCCUGAAGCGAACGAGGAGUCAUCGCCCGCGUAUGGCGAGGAGGCGCGUGGGGACGCUGGGAGCGGCAUGGGUGGAGUUAGCGUAGGAGGCUUGCACGCGGCGCUGCAGGCGCAGCUUGCCUCGCAGCUAGCGCAACAGGCGCAGCAGGCGCAGCAGGCCGCGCUGGCCGCCGCUGUCGCCGCCGCCGCUGCCGCUCACCACCACCAUCAGAACAACAAUGUUAUUGAACCAAAGAAAGAUAAAUUGGAAAACGGUGGCGAACUGGUGAGGCCGGAACGACCGAACUCUUUAACAGCGGGAAAGAUUCCAAGACGAAUAUGUUAUAAAGGAGAUGUGAGCGGUUACGGCGGCGCGAGUGAAUGCGGCGACAACGAGCAACUGAUGCUGUCGGAACUGCCGGAACCUCCGAUAGCCCUGUCGGAUAUCGGGCCGAUUCCGCCGCCGCCCAUGUUCAGCUCGCCCAGCCCCACGCGCCACCAUCAUCAACACCAACAUGCGCUUUCCCAUCAACCUCUCUCUGACUCCGAGGAGGAGGACGAGCAGGAGGAGGAUGACAUGGAGACGCCACUGAAUGCGGACACGUCGCGCGUAGAAGAGAUCCCGCCCAAGGAGCCGCUGUUCAAUGCGGUGCCGCUGAAGUCCGCGCUGAAGAAGCGGCCGGCGCCCGCCGCCUCGCCCGCCGCCACGCCGCUCGCCACGCCGCUGGCGCCGCGCCAGGACCACCACCACGCCAGUUUCAAACGGCCGCCGCCCAAACCGAGGAUCCGCAUAUGCAAUCGGCCGGUGCGCGUGGGCAACGCGGUGGAGAACAAGGAGAACGCGCGGCCGUGGGAAGGCGAGUACCGUGAUGACUACGCGAGCGAGUCGGAACGAGUGGCCGCCAAGCUGGCGCGCAAGGAGAGCCUCAACAUCAAGCUGGCGCUGCGUCCCGACCGCCAGGAGCUUAUCAACAGAAACAUUCUGGUGGUGCAGAGCGAACACGAGCGGCAGGAGUCGUGGGAAGCAAUCGGCGCCCGGCUCAUACGUCGGCUGUCCAUGCGGCCCACUGCAGAGGAACUCGUUGAGAGAAAUAUAUUGAAAAGUCAGUCGCCCGCCGAGGAAAAGAAACAGAAAGAAGAGAAGAAGCGUUACUUGCUGCGCAAGCUUAGUUUUCGGCCCACCGUAGAUGAACUCAAAGAGAAGAAAAUUAUCCGAUUCAGUGACUACAUUGAGGUGACGCAGGCGCACGACUACGACCGGCGCGCCGACAAGCCGUGGACGCGGCUCACGCCACGCGACAAGGCUGCCAUACGACGCGAGCUCAACGAGUUCAAGAGCUCCGAGAUGGCUGUGCACGAGGACAGCAAACACCUCACCAGAUUCCAUAGACCAUGA